AUGGCUCUUACUGGUAAAAUUACUACCGAAUUUGGUAUCAAGACACCUGCUUCAAAAUUCUUCAACCUCUUCUCGAAGCAACUUCACCAUGUUCAGAACAUCACUGAUAGAAUACAUGGAGGCAAGAUCCAUCAGGGCGACGAUUGGCAUGGCCCUGAUUCUGUUAAGCAUUGGACUUAUACAAUAGACGGUAAGGUUGUUACAUGUAAGGAGAAGAUUGAACAUCUUGAUGAAGAGAACAAGUCAAUGACAUUCAACCUCUUUGAAGGGGAUAUCGCUCAACAGUACAAGAUCUUUAAGCUCAACGUACAAGUGAUUGAUAAGAGCGGUGGGGGUUCAACUGCUAAAUGGACUAUUGAAUAUGAGAAGAUCAAUGAGAAUGUUGAACCUCCUUAUGGCUACUUGGACUACUUAACCAAGGUUACUAAAGACUCUGAUGAUCAUCUUCUUGGGGCAUAGCACCAUAAGUUAUAAGAAAAAAAAUAAUGGGACUGGCUUGGAUGCUGAAUAGUCAGUGUCACUAUGAUAUGAAUAAG